UCCACCAUUGCAUGUGUUCGUUAUACUUUGUUGUUAUUCGCCUGUUUUGUGGUAAGCUUACCCAGGCUUCAGGAUGUCUCGUGGAGAGUUUGCAGGUGGAAAAACAGACGAAAAUUUCCCCACUGUACUGGUUAUAUUUAGCUGUUAUUCGUCUAUACGCAUAGUCGUGUCCGGUUGUGUGUGUGUUUGCUGUUUUGGUUUAUGUACUGGCCGUACUGGCCAAUUGUUUCUGCAGUAUGACUUCUUGUUGUGGUACGUAAUACGUCAAAGUGACAGGGAGUGAAAAUACCGUAAGACUACGAAAUGUAUAAUGGGUUUUCAUGGGAGUUGUGAAGUUUAUGUACAGCAUUUCAUUCUGGCUAAAUAUUGGUGACGACUGAAUUGCUAGGAGAGUUUCAGCGAUGGCAAAAAUGCCCACACUUACUCUCCAAGCUCCGUCACUAAGCUCAGUAAGUACGGAAUGGGACCCAGUUACCAAUUCUGACGAGAGAGAAGUAGCAUCACACCAGUGUUUAUUAAGAAUCAAAAGGGAUUUGAUGUCUAUAUACAAUGAACCACCACCAGGGUUGUUUGUUGUUCCUGAUGAGGAUGACAUGACCAUUAUCCAUGCACUUAUCACUGGGUCAUUUGAUACUCCAUAUGAAGGUGGAUUUUUCUACUUCCUUAUCCGCUGCCCAUCUGACUACCCCAUCAGGCCACCUCGAGUGAAACUGAUGACAACGGGUGGAGGAACUGUCCGUUUCAACCCAAACAUGUACAAGUGUGGAAAAAUAUGUCUCAGUAUACUAGGUACAUGGACAGGCCCAUCCUGGAGUCCUGCGCAGUCUCUAUCCAGUGUCCUCAUCUCUAUCCAGAGUCUUCUGAAUGAAAAGCCCUACCACAAUGAGCCUGGCUUUGAAAGAGAGAAAGUGAAGAAACUGUUAGUGCUAUGAAGAAUGAAUAACAAGACACCAACAGUGAUGAUGAGAUUUAUAAGCUCGAAUGAAAGAAUGCAGAAGUGACGUAGGUAGUGUAAUUGUUGACAAGGUAGAGAGUUGUGAGUGUGGAGGGAUUCAAAAUUCAGGAAUGAAAUUUUACAAAGAAUGGCCUUCCAUGGGGUGUAGAUCCCUUGGACUUGUAUAGUUUGUUUUUUGAUACUCAAAAUUGUAACAGAAACUAAUAGGUACAUGAAAGAAAAACAUUCUGAAAUUGCAGCCAAACCACAUCAGGGUGGAAGAAACAGAUUGAUUGAUAUGUGUCAUUGAAAUGAAAUAUUUCUAACCUUAAUUGUAAGUAAGAAUCUGAUAACCAUUGCCUGACAAAACACUGCUGGUCUAGUGACUGACUGGUUAUAUGCAUGGCAUAAUUCCAUAUUAUGGAAAUAUUACAGGAUAAGUAUGUAAUUUGCUGUAUGCUGACAGACCUUGCACAACAGGAAUAUCUGGUCGUCCCUGUAGGGUUUAGCAUAUGUGGUCUCAAGGGUUAACAUCUUACAAUAUUACAGCAGUGUUGAUUUGGUUAAGGAACUGAAUGGAAAGGAAUGUCAUUUAACAAGCGCCACUAUUGCUGGCAAGCUAAAGCCAGUGAAACUGGGGGGCCUUCAAGAAGAUGAGUGGUGAUAUUUCUCUGUACAGAAAAGGCAACGUUUUAGGAAUGGGGUGAAAAGACAAAAGUGUGGUCCUCAUGGUAUCAGUGUAUCAUGACAGAAGCAUGGGGAAGAUUGUGGCUAUUCAGAAAGGGGUCAAGAAAUGUAAAUCUAAAAGCCAGUGUGUCUGUUGCAUGAACUACAUGGAAAACAUGGACGCUGUUGAGUGAAAUGCCCAGUCUUAUGCCACAUAGUCUUUUAUUCAUAGAUGUUUGAAUUGGUGGAGAAAAUUUGUUCUAGUUCCUGGGAGUUUGUCUUGUGAAUUCCUACAUUUUAUAAUGCCAUCAAAAGAAACAGCAGUGCUAUGUGUAUGAUAUGUUUGGGUUCUCACUGAAAGUAUGAUAGAAAACGAGUUUUGUCUUCUGGGAUAUAACGCCAUGUAGUCCAUUGAAAGCGAACUGAUGUUUUGGAGGAACAUGCCACAUUCAUAUCUAGGGUCGAAGCUGAGCUGAGCAAGAAACCAUUGUGAAAGCAGGCGGCAAGGAAGUGCUUUCACACUUGUUUUUUGCAGGCUUAUGCUUCAACCAUAUAGAUGGAGGUGACAUUCCUCUGAAACAUCGGUUCACUUUCAGUUGCAGUGGCGGCUCAUAGCUAAAGUUAGUGGGGGUGCUGCACCAGAAAAUUUGUAGCCU